AUGCAUAUGUUUCCAUUUGGUCAUGUUGUAUACAUGCCUUUAUCAUCAUCAUCAUCAACAACAACAACUUUAUUAGGACCUAUAUCGACAGAUUUUUCAUCUUCUUCAAUAAUUCCUCUAUAUAAUACAACACUAUUAAACAAUCCAUUCAACAUAUACACAAAUACGAAGUUUGAAUAUAAUGUUCAUCGACAAACAUUACCUCAUAGAUUCAAACGUAUACGAGAUGAUUUUCAUGAUAUACAAGAAAAAAAACGUCCUAAAUUAACACCAACAAUUAAUAAUAAUUCAUCAGCAUUAUCAAAAAAUGCACUUAUGUUAUUACACGAACUUAAACCAUCAAUUGAAUAUAAACUUAUGGCACAAACAGGUCCAUCUCAUCGACCUAUGUUUACUAUGGCUGUUGAACUUAACGGACAAGUAUUUGAAGGUAUAGCUCAAACAAAGAAAGAAGCUAAACAAGCAGCUGCUGAAAAAGCACUUCGAUCAUUUUCUCAAAUAUCUUUUCCAUUGUCUAAUAAUUUAAUAAAUGAUUUCAUACCAAUAAAUAUUAAUAAUAAUCUAUCAAAUAAAUCUAUUGAAAAUAAUGAUAAUAAUAUUCAAUUAAAUAUUUCUGAAUCAUAUGAAAAUCAAAAUAAUCUAAAUCCAUUUUAUCUUCUUAAACAACUUAAACAAAAUUUUCAAUGUGAAGAAAUUACAAAUGAAAUAAUAUCUGAACAAAAUGAAUUUAAAUUUACUAUUAUUAUUGAUGAUGAACAUUUUAUUGGUAUAGGAGAAAAUAAAAAUAUAGCUAAAACAAAAGCAGCACAAUAUGCUUUAGAAAAAUUAUUUGGCAUGUCUUUUAAUAAAAAAGGUAAAAAAUAUAUUAUUCAAUUGAAUAGAAAAUAUAAUUCUUGUUUAAUAUAUCUUCGUUUUUGUGAGUUCAUUAAAAGAAUUGGAUUAGCUUAUGGUAAUAAAGCUUUUUAUUUCCAUUCAUGUUAA